AUGCCGCCCAAACAAGCCCUACCUCGGGAGACGCGCAAUGAGCGUGAACAGUUCAUGUACCGACUCGAGAGUCGAAGCGUUGAGGAAAGGAAGUACAAAAUGAAUGAGCACACAGCCUUCCUGACAGGGGAGAGAGAGAAAGACGCUGAUUUUGGAACUGGGGCUCCACCUCCACCAGUGGUGGCGCGUACACCUCGCCCGACAGACAAUCCACCCAAGGGCAAGGACGUGUCAUUUUUGAGGGCUCAGAAGCGACUCAUAUUGCAGCAGCAACGAGCGGUGGCGGUCAAGACCGUAACUGCGUCUGGAAAGAAGGCCCCGGCUGCAAAACGAGUGAAGCCAAAGGACGAUGACUACGUGCCUGAUGACGACGAAGAGGAGGAGGACGAACAUCCGGAAGAUGAGUGGGAGGACAAGCCGAUGGCUCCGUUCAAGACGGCGAAGAGGAAGGCGAAGUCGAAAACCAACGCGACGGCAAAGCCCUCCGCCAAGUCAAGAAAGCUGUCUGCAGAUCAGAUUGCCAAGGCCAAGGCUAUGUAA